AUCCCCCGCAAAAACUUCGUAUCAUAAAAAUUACAUAACAAACUCGAGUGUAAUGAGAAAAAUCGUAAUAACAGGUUACUCUAAUCGUCAGAAGAUAAUUCCAAACCAAAAAACUGGAUAAAGCAAGAUGGACGAGUUUUCACCCGGAACAUUGGAGUGUCAUCGAUGUUUCUGAAUGGCUUCAGUAUGUCUGUAAACUACAUAAAAUACCUCUAGAUCAAAUAACAGAUCUCCAAGAAGCAUUUGAAAAUGUAGACGGCAAAAUCCUAGUCACACUUACCCUGGAAGACUAUCAACUAAAGACGAUUACCUAUGGUGAGAUGUUACACAAUGUCUUCAAAGACAUGUGCUCUAAUGUUCCAGUUUCAAAAUAUCCAACAAUUGACGAAAUUGACACUCCGAAGUAUUCGACGGAGGAAUGCUCAAAUCUUCCUUCUAAAGAAAAUGAUUCCGAACAUCAGCUAGUCAAACCAAUAUUAAAUCCACAAAAUUACAGCAGUUGGAGCUCGAAGGAAGUUGGAGAGGUUCUGCAACAUUUAUGUGGGAAACAUAAGAUUCCUAACGAUAGAACAAUAAGAAUUGUUAAGCAGUUUGUCGGAGUUACGGGGAAACAGUUGAAGAAAAUGAGUAGACAGGAAUUCCGGGAAAAGGCAAUGACUGAUGGGGAUUUGUUAUUUCAUGAAUUGAGUCAACUAUUUGAUAUUAGUAAACAAUAAAAUCAAGUUAAAUAUC